GACCGCGCACAUCCUCGGGCCCUGUGGAAAGAAGCCGCUCGUGAGGCCACCCGCUUCCUGUUUGCGCGCAGGCCCCGCCCACUCGGGCAGUGAACGCGUGACCGCGGCGGCGCGUGAGAAGUUCGACUUCACGCCAAGACGGAAGUCAUUACAAAUUGUAUCCAACAUCCCCAAAAUAUGAUAUUUUAUUGGAUAUUUAUAAGUAGGAAGCGUGAGUUAUUUUGCGACACUUCGUCAUGUUUACCAGCAGAGGACGCCAGACCACGUCAAUCAGUUUACAUGAAAGGUGUACCUAAUGGAGUGACCACUGGGCUGAGGACCCGCGAGAGAGUGUGCACACGCACGGGCGCGUCCUCGAGUGCGUACACGCGCGCUCCCGUUGGCUGAGCGGCAGGCAGGAAGGAAGGCGCGCGUGCAGCUCGUGGUCGUCAUCGUCGCGUCUCCUUGGCGGAGUAAGGGCCCGCCUCCAUGAGGUCGUCUGACCCGGGCCCCGCCCCGCCAGCCUGGUUCAGGUGGUGUUGAUACGACAAUCAUGGCCAGCGUUGCUUCCUCAGCGGCUGACGGCGGCCAGCAGACCAGCGAGCGGCCUGCCUGGACCAACCUGACCGUGGUGCCGCUGGGCGUUGGCGGGCAGCAGCUGCUCUCAGACUCUCUGUGCAUCCAGAGGUUCGAGUCCCCGCUGGACCUCAUGGCACCAGUCAACCCCAUCAUGACAGGGGUCAACCUGGUCCCGGCCCUGCCCAUGCCCCCCGACAUGCAGCCGGCCAAGGAGAUCAUCCACUGCAAGAGCUGCACUCUCUUCCCUCAGAAUCCGAACCUGCCCCCUCCAUCGAUCCGCGAGCGGCCUCCCGGGUGCAGAACGGUGUUUGUGGGGGGUCUGCCAGAGAACGCCACCGACGACAUCAUCAGGGAGGUCUUUGGCCCGUGUGGCGAGAUCAUCGCCAUCCGCAAGAGCAAGAAGAACUUCUGCCACAUUCGCUUCAGCGAACAGUUCAUGGUGGACAAAGCCAUCUACCUGUCAGGAUACCGGAUGCGUAUCGGGUCCAGCACCGACAAGAAGGACUCGGGGAAGAUCCAUGUGGACUUUGCUCAGGCACGAGACGACCUGUACGAGUGGGAGUGUCAACAGCGGCUUCUGGCCAGAGAAGAACGACACCGCCGGACGCUCUGGGAGGACUGCCUGCAGCCGCCGUCUCCGGCGCCUGUCGUGCACUUCUCUGAGCACGAGGCGGCCAUGUUGGCGGAGGGGCUGAAAGACAACCACAAGUUCAGCCAGGCCACCGCCGUGCUCCUCACCUGGAUGGAUCGGGGCGAGGUCAACCGUCGCACCGCCAACCAGUUCUACUCCAUGAUCCAGUCGGCCAACGGCCACGUGCGCCGGCUGAUGAGCGAGAAGGCGCAGCACGAGGAGGAGAUGGAGCGCGCCAAGGAGGCCUUCAAGUGCGCCCUGGUGGCCAUCUUGACACAGUUCGAGCAGAUCUCAGCCGUGUUCGCCGCCGCCAGCAGACAAAAGGCGUGGGACCAUUUCUCUAAAGCUCAGCGCAAGAACCUAGACAUUUGGCGCAAGCAGUGCGAGGAGCUGACGAAAGUCCACGGUGACGAGAUCGUGGGAUUCCGCCGCGAGGAGGAGAUGGAGAUGUCGGAUGAAGACUCCGAUGAAAGCCCGUGCAAGAAGAUGCGCUGUGAGGACAACGGGGCGUGCGAUCAGAGGGAGGCGUGUCUUCGAGAGGAGAACGUCUCCCUGCGGUGGCAGCUGGAGGCUUACGUGAAGGAGGCGGAGCUCGCCAGGAAGGAGGCGUGCAGAGAGGACAACAACAACGCAGUCGGGUGGAACCUCCCCGACACGUCCCUGCAGCUGCUGCAGCAGAGAGUCGUCAGCGUGCAGCAGCAGCUCCACAGACUGCAGGAGCAGCUGGCAAGCAAGGAGGCGGAGUUAGAGCAAGCGAGAGAGGAGCAUCACUUCCUGGAAGGGGAGGUGCUCUCGCUCCAAGACAAGGGGGUCAGCGGGUGUCCCCCGUCAAUGUACCUCAGCAUGGGCAGGAGAAGUAACGUCGUCCUUUCCGAAAAAGAGGCCCUGCUUCUGGGUGUGAUUUCCACCUUCCUCCAUGUUCACCCAUUCGGCGCCAACCUGGAGUACUUGUGGUCUUACAUGCAGAGACUCGACUCCAAGGUGUCGGCGGGGCAGCUGGAGCGCCUCAUGGUUCGACUGCCCCUUAUGUUCAGGCAGGAGCUGAGCGGCGUCGGAGCCACUUUGGAGAAACGCUGGAAGUUCUGUGGGUUUGACAGCCUCACUUCGGGAUGACCCAGGAUACACACACACACACACACACACACACACACACACACACACACACGCACACACACACACACACACACACACACACACACACACACACACACACACACACACACACACACACAGUGAUUAACGCAGUGGGCGGCGCUCACGUUGACACUGAGGUGGUGAAUGUUCACCGCCUCCGGUGACCUGCAGGGGUGUGUGUGAUGUCACGCCAACACAAACUGCGUUUUCCUACUGAUGAGAAUCUUGUAUUGGGGACUUUUGGCAUCAAGCUCCGCCUACUUUUUCUGUUCUAACGUCAGUCAAAAGCUUAAAAUCUUUGUGUUUGCUUUUGAUGAAUACGGAGAUUUUUUUUAUUAAAGAGGAAAUCGUCAAAACGA